GCCGCCUCGAUCUAUCAUGUUGGACGAGCGGCACCCUGGCGAGUACGUGUGCAUCAUCACUGCAGACAGUUGGACAUGUGAAGGCGAUGUUGGUGUGCACUUCACGAAACCCUUCUUUGCCAAGUGGCAUCAAGUCAAAGCCAUUGACUCGGACGUCAUACGGCUUCGAAUCGCGGCGUCUGCCGCUUGCUGUGGAUGGCCCAGCCUCCAAGUGGGCCAUGUCCUUGUGGCUGUGAAUGGCGUAUGGAUUGGCCACUUGACAUCUAGUCAGCUGAAGCUCCAUUUUAAACAGGUGUGUCCUUUGAUCACCUUCAAUAUAACAACCUCGGCUAGUUGGCGCCGCCGAUCUGCCUGACAUUUCGCGACGAAUGUCGGGCGCAGUUAGAGGUGUCCCUACUGCGCAACGUGUCGGACACGGUAAAAAUGCCGUUUCCGUCUUUGGACAGCAUUGAACGCCAGCUCCAACUCGUCCAAAGCCACAUCUUUGCCAAUGAAUUGGAUCAAGCGCUUGCAGUCGUGGCGGCGUUGCCACCCGGUUGCCAUUUCCACGUGGUUCUCUUCAGGGCCGAGAUUCAAUGCAUUCGGGCCUUGCUAGCCGGCGACAACGUUUCCAAAGACAAAGCUGUGGCGGAUACCGCCGACGCCGUGGCCGUGCUCGGCAAGUUCACCGACCUGCCUCAGCUAUCCCCCACCAACAAAUUGCUGGCGGACGUAGCACUUGCCGAAGCGUUUGCGUUCUUCAGCAUGGCCCAGGUCCUGGCACACCGGUCCCAUGCGGGCAUUGCUGCCUCGUUGCGUCGCUGCCAUCAGCUGUACAGUCAAAUACACUCGACACUUGCAACUACAUCUUCGUCGCUGGAUGAGAAUGCUGUGCCACCCCUGGUGCGGCAAGACGUCGUCGGACGUGCGCAGUUGGGCGUGGGGGCAUUUGCAAUGUGCACGGGCGGCGUGGUCCCGACCGAGUACCACUGGAUUCUCCAGCUAUGGCAACAGAACAGUCUAGAGGAUGGCGUCCGCCUCGUGCACACGAGCUGGCUAUCCGAAACUUCGCGGUCUCACUGGGCAGGGUUGAUGCUCAUGAACGCCACGCCCAUGCUGUUGCAGCAUUGGGUCGCUGGCCACAAGGCCAAGCGGCAGCAAGCGAACAACCUCCAUACCCCUACGACCACUACCACCCUCCCCCCCACAAGUGUUGCAAACAUGUCGGCCUACGAUCGCCAUCAUGUGGCUACGCCCGAAGACUCGGACGAGCCGUCGACGGACGACAGCAGUAGCAAGGACGACUCGCCAGCCAACCACAGUGUCAGCCAUGGGUUUUUGUUGCAGUCGUCGUGCCUGCUGCGUGUCGCCGCGGGCUGCCUGGAAGCACAUCCGCACUGGGCGCCGUUUCUGUGGAGCCGCAGUGUGCAUAUUCAACAUACCAAUCCCGUGGAUGCGUUGGCGCUCGCACAGGAAGCCGCCACGUCAUGCAAGGGUACGUAUCCGUACAUGUUGCAAGUCCACAUUGGCCGGUUGCAGUUCAAGCUGCAUCGCAUGGACGACGCCGCCGACACGUUCCAGCAAGUGCUGGCUAUGAGCGUCAAGACGCCCGCCGCCGCCGCACCCAUCGACGUCCACCAAACCACCUGUGCGUACUUGGCAGGCGCGUUGUGUUGCGAGUCACACGUGAACCUUCGCUUUGUGCGAUCCCUGCUCGCCCAAACAUCCCGGCUAUGCUCGUCCAAGGCGUCGGUGGACAUGCUGCUGUUGGUCCAUCGAGCCAGGUAUUACCACGCGCUGGCAUCGGACGUACACGUGCGGCUGCUCACGUACGACCUGCUGUACAUGUGCUUCUCGGACAACUCGCACAUACAUCGCCACCGCAAACAGGACGCUCUCCAUCACGACGAUGACUCAUCCGGGCAACACGAGGUCGCGCUGGCCAACUUGGAUGGGCUCAUGGCCAGCCAAUUCCCGCACACUGACGGCGUGUUGCCCCCGUGGCUGGCUCGUUUGUCGUCCUCGGAGGAAUCGUCUUCUUGUUUUCCGUACAUAGUGGGCGACAAUCCCGUGACGAUGCAGUUUGCACUCGACUGGCUCACCCUUCGAGGCCUCGUCCUGCUGUACCUGGACGUGGCGGCGGCCAAGCUUCAUUUCAAGCGGGUGCUGGCUCUCACCACCGUCGCAGGUGCCUCACGGUCGUUUGGCGUGCCCGUGGCGUCGUUUCACUUGGCUCGGGAACUCGCCCCCGACGACCCCGGCGCCGCUAUCGCCUUACUCGACCACGCAGGACAGUGGGGCAAAACCUCCAACGCGAGCGAUGCCGUCGGCUACACCACUCGCCUCAACGUGCUGCGGUCGCUGUUACAGCAGCAACCCCCCCAGCCAACAUAAGUCCCCCCACCACCAACAACCCCC